AUGAUAAGCCAGAAGAAGUUCCUGCGACACUUUAAAGUAGACCCUGAGGAGAAAGUCAUAGACUAUUAUUCCUGUGCAUUGGUUGCUGAUAUUUUACUACAAGGGCAUCUCUACAUUUCCAAAAAUUAUUUCGCUUUCUAUUCUAACGUGUUUGGAUACGUCACAAAACUACUGAUUCCCACGACGUCGGUGGUAAAUGUCACCAAGGAGAAGACAGCGUAUAUCUUGCCAAAUGCAGUGGGUGUGUCCACAGCAGAUGACAGACAUGUGUUCAGCUCGCUACUCUCUCGUGAUUCCACGUACAAGCUCAUGGUGCAAGUGUGGCACUCUGCCCUGGCCUCCCAGCCUGCUCACGUGACAUCAGCUGGGGAGUGUGAGGUGGAUGGCUCACCGUGUGAGGAAUCUACAAGUAUCUCUGGCAGUGAGUCGAUGUGUGAAGUCAAGACCAGUGGUGCCAACUCGCAAGUGCCAACUGCUCAAGAAAUUAAGAAAUCAUCCCCUAAGCCAGCAGACAAUACUGCUGCCACUGCCUCCCGCACUCUGCCCUGUGCCACACUGCUGCUGGUUUUCUCCACCGCUCUCCUGAUCAUUCUGUUCCUGUCAGCAUCUGUACUGAUGUACCGACUCAGCCUCCUACAGCACAACCUCAGUACUCGGGGCUCCAGGCCUCUAUUUGAAGUUCAAGAGUUUUUGGAUAUGAAUUUGAACAACCUGUACAAGGUUCGGCAGUCUCUUGAGACCCUCUCAGUGUUGUUAGAAAAUGAAAAGGAGAAGAUGGUGCUGAAAGAAGUUGAACAUCACAGCCCUGAGACGGUAAAACUUAAGGGCUCAAUUCCAUCUGCAGCAGAAUCCGGUGUGCCCCAACAUUCCGAAGAGCUUCUGGCAAGUUAGCAUUAAAAAUUGGGUUCUUUAAAUCUAGUUUGUUACCUAGCCUUAAAAUUAAAAGAAAUUAAUAUAAUCUAGUGUUUCUUGUGAUAAAAUAUGUGUAUUGUACUUACUCAAUUUCAGAUAUACAGUUAAGUUAGAUACAGAUUAUUUUGUUAUAACAUAUGGUAAAGAUUAGCCAUGACUUGAUGGGACCAAAUCCUGUCAUGAUUAACAUAAAGACAAAUUUUGUGGUCCAAAAAACUACAUGUAUGUAAUAUGUAUUUAGCAAUCGACUUAAUUACCGACUACAGAAUGUUUGAUCAUUUUGUAUUUCAAAUGGGAGUAAACUGUCCCAACACUUAGAUAAUACGAAUAUCAUACAAAGUCCAAUUGAAGGAUGAUUAAGUUUUAAUACUAACAAUCUCAAAAUCCUGUACUUCAACUACUUGCAUUUUUAUGAUAAGAUGCAUUAAUUUGCAAAGAUUUGCUUUCUAUGUUUGUAGGCUGGAUUAAAAUUAUUAUAUGCAACAAAUAAUGCUGUAAAUGUUUGUUCUUAAAAACAGCAAAAUCAAAUCAUUCACAUUAUUUUAUACAUUUUCUGAAAUCUGACUGAUUAUUAAUUAUUGUAAUAUUAUUUAUAAGUAUUUUUUAUUUCUUUUAUUUCACAUUACAUGCUGUUGUAUGACAAAAACUAAGUUACUCUGUAACUUAUUUACAAGGAACAAAUAUUUAACAAAAAAUAUGUUUUAUGGUAACAAAAAUAACUUUUUAAAAUAUAGGAUACAACUACAAUAAUGCUGAUUUUAUUAAUCAAAAUAAAUCCUAAAUACUGUACUGAAAAUUUGAUAAUUCAAGCUAUAAUGCUAAAUAAUUAAAUCCAAACACAUGCUGUUAUUUUGUUAAUGCAUUUUAUAACUGAAAAUGUUUACACCAUUUUAUAGAAAAGAAAGUUUUAUAACUAAUUAUUUAUAUAAAUACUAGAACCAAGCAGUGCUUGCUUGAUAUCUAGUGCUAGAGAUAACUGAACUGUAUCUCCCACUGGUCUGAGGGAUGGUAGACUUACAAGACAUCAAAUGAAAGGGGGAUCUCUAGAACCUCCUUUGGAGAGGUUGAAAAUAUGAGCUCCAAAACAAUGGUUUAUGCACUUCUGAGGUGCUGCGCAAUGUUUCUUAUUUUUGUUACACAGAGAUACCGAAACACUGUUCCAGUGUGUUCCACCUGAAAUUGAGCACUGCUUACAAGAGUUGAUUAUAUUAAUUAGUGUACAGUAAGCAUUAAACAAGAAUUUAAUAAUAUGCAGUAGUUACUCGUACUUCAUAUUGACUGUACAUCUUGAUUGUUAGUGGUGUUAAAGUUAGUUUUGGUAUUUUAAUAGACUACACAUUGUCAAAUGUGUGGUCAUGUUUUUAUAUUUUUUUCUUCUAUUAAACCAUGUAAUUUUUUAUUAUAUGUACAAUUUUAUUAUUUAUAAUAUUUACUGCUUUUUUGGUGACAGUACUAAGUGAAAACUAGUUCAGGACUGGGAAAUCUUGAAGGAUUGUGCUUUUAUUUCCCAAGAAUUGGAACUACUCUCACUCAGUUGUGCUUUGUUAGCUGUAAAAUAGUACUUUAAUUUGUACAAUUUAAAACCCUUUAAUAAGUAAUUCCUGCCUUAAGAGAAAUACUAGAGCGGCCUGAACCAAAAUAGUCAAAUAGUGGCUGUUGUAUUUGAAUCCCCCCUCGUGCCAAAUUAGCAGCAAUAUGGCAACACUGCCACAAAUGUCGUCGGACUAUUUUGGAGGGGACUGUUCUGGUAUUUGUUAAUUGUACACUGAAAUGCACGAAUAGUGUUGAGUACAAUGGGAUGGUUCAAACAUCAUAAGGCCAAAAACAACAGAUUCAAGUGUAUCAAUCUUCAACACUUAAUUAUAAAAAGUAAAUUAUUAACCCCACAUUUUAUUAUAUUACACAGUCACUAAAAAUCUUUAUCAUACAGUACCAAGAGAAUUGUCUUUUUCCUUUAAAAUGUGUAGUGUAUAGGUAACAUAUAAUAUGUUUACUAUCCAUGAUUAAAAGUAUUUUAUUUCUAAGCGUCAGCUGUCUUGGAGGCCAUCACGAUUUUAUUCCCCGAAGACCUUACCUGACCCGACCUUCACCGCAGCCUAGGAAGUAAGGUAAAUGCUAUGUAACCAAGAAAAGAGCAUUGUAAAAAAGAACAUAGUUAUGAGAGAUGUCUUGUAUGGAAAUAUAAUUAACAUAUACCCAAAUAAACACUAUUCAGAUGUGUCAAUAUUGUUCUUAUAAAAUUUCAAACAGUUUUAUUCAAUGUAUUACUAACAAAAAUAAAUUAUAUCUUUAAAAUUAGAUAUUUUGAAUAAUUCUUUACUUUAUCAGUGUUUACUUAUGAAAGAAAAUUCUAGGUUGUAUCAAUACAGAUGGUUCUUAAGUGAAUAGAAACCUCUUACAACCAAAGAUCUUUUAUUUUUUAAUAAAAGGUUGUGAAAUAAAAAUUGAAAUGUUUUUUUUCAGUAUUUUACUGCCAUUGUAAAUAUAAUUCUAACUGUAUGUUUAAUGUGGUCCCUGAUUAACUUUAUUAUACUGUAUGUUGAAAACUGAAAUAUAGACUCUUACUGACUUAUAUUUUCUAUUUACAAAAUAGAAAUAGUCUUUGAUAAGUGAUAUUGAAAUAGUUUAUUAUUUUAACCUAGCUUUAUUUUUUAUGCCCAUCUCCACAAAAGAAAAAAUAUUGUGAGGGUAAAGAAUAGAAAACUUUCAGUGGAAAUAUUUUUUUUAAUAAGAAAAGGGAUAUUAGUUAGUACAUAUGUAUUUAUGUAAGAUUAACCAUAACUAAAUGACCAGACUAAUUUUGUUUGACAAAAAAAUGAAUUUUUAAAACUUGUGUAUAAUAAUUAUAUAUUUGUUAAAAAAAACAUAAAUUCCUAAAAAUUGCUGUAGUGAAUUUUAUUUAAUGUUUAUGUUUAUUUCGAAAACUUUAAAAUGUUGUUACCUAAAAUUAUUUGGAUAUUUCCAAGGUUAAACUUAGUUUGAUUUAAUUUAAUUUAUUUUUUAAUACUAAGAUAUUAGUAUAAAACACGUCCUGUAGGUUUAAAAAUUGUUGAAUUACAAUAUUGAUAUUGAUGACACAAGUUAAUGUAAUAUAAAUAAAAUGAUUGUUGUUUACAUAUUCAAAUAUUUAAGCAAGUUUUUGACAUUCCAUGUGAAUUUUGUAUGAUUAAAAUACAUUUUCAGUGUUAGUAGGUAAAAAAUGAAGAAAUAGCAAUGCUAAAUUAAAACUGUGAUUAACUACUGUUAAGAUGGUUGGUGGGUAUUUUGGUUUGAAUCUCUAAAACUUUCUUAAACCUUUGAUUACUUCUAUGCCUUUAUUUUUAAUCAUAUAGAUUAAAUACGGCAAUGUCUCAUUUUAAAGAUAUGAUUAAUAAUGAAUCCCAGUGAUUUCUAUUUUCAAUACUUGUUGUUUAUUAAUUAAAAUACAUCAAACUUCUUUGAUUAAUCACUCCAAAAGUAAGUUCUCUACAAUAAAACUCUAAUGCAUUUCAAUGUGUAUUAAUCAUAUCUUUAAAAUAAGUCAACUCAUUUAGUUCUAUAACCAAAAAUGAGGGAAUCAAAAAGUUUUGAUUUAAUAUUGUUUUAAGAAAAUAAGCUCUACGUAGCUUCAUUACAUGUUAAGAAGAAAAGCUUGUCAAACUUAAGCUAAAACUGCAUCAUUAGACAUUUAAAGUGAUAUAUAUUAUUUUUUAUUAAAGACAUUUUCCAUAAUAAUAUUUUAUGUGUAACGUAUUCGUUCAUGCAUACAAUUAUUUGUACUUUUGAAAAAAAUGUUUUUAUAUGUGUGUAUUUUUGUAAUAAGUAAGAAAGUAAGUAAUAUUAUAGAUAUGUUCAUUUGCCCUAUUCCAGUUUAAUUCAAUAUUCUUAAAAAAUUAAAUAGUUCGGUGUUACCCCCUUUAGUGCCAACAUCCUGUUCACUGGACGUUGUAGAAACUACGUCUAAAAUGCCAAUGUCAGGCCGAAAGAUGUCAUUAAAAAUUCAAGAAUAAACAUUUUAUUUAUUUAGAAACAUUUUCUUCUUUAUAAACACAGACAAACCUCUCACAAGACAAGUAUUUACUAUUUCUCUUGUGGAUAACCUUUUAAGACAGUGGGGUUUAGAACAAGGGGUUUUGACCUGACCAAAUGUAGCUGACCUAUAAAAUGUUACACUGAGGCGUCCUGCCAGAGGUUCCGUAGGAGAUACAAAUCCAAACAUGUAUUUUGAAAAAAUUCCCAAUGAUAGGUAGAAGAAUUACCUACUGUAUUUGUAGUGCAUCCAGCACAAAGGAUGGUGGGAAGAGAAGAAAAUCAACAUUUAUGUGCAGGAAAUUCAAAAAGGGUUUGCAUCCCAAGUAUUUUUCUUAUCACUCCUGUUUUUGGGUUUAUUGUAAACGUCAUACCACUUGGAAAACUAGAAAACUUUUACAAUGUAUAAUUUAAAAUUUUGUUUUACUUAUUAAUUUUGCGUUUGUCAAUUUUAUCUGUAUUUUCCUUAACUUUACAUUUUGAGUGAAAUCGUGAACCGUUUUUAAUACUUAAAAGUUGUGCCAGUUGUUACAUUUUUUUUAAUUGCCACAAUUUUGUUUUUACUUGUGAACAUUUUACCAUUAAAUUUCAACAGUGUGUUCAUAAUGUAGUGGACUUUACAGUUAAUUUAUUGAAUAGAGCCCAGCUAUUUGUUUUUAUUACCAAAUGGAAAAACAAAACUUUUUCAUGUAAGAAAAAUGACUUGUAAUACAAAUAUUUUAAUUUGAGUCAGGCUAGAUUUAGUAUUUUAUUCCAAUAGAUAAAUUUGUAUCUAUAGUUUGGUAAAAGAAAAUCAUUAAAUUAGUGUACCAAAUAACAGAGAUGUAUUUAACAACACAUUGCAAAAAGGAAUAGAAACCCUCUGGCCCUGGCAGGUACACACUUGUGAUAAAUUCUCCGCACUAAACGUUAAAGUAAACAUUCCAAUAUGGCUUUUUAAGUGGUGUUGAUCGAUACAUAUUAACGAGCUGCUUGGUCUGUAUUGCCUUUCCAAAUAAAACUCAAAUAGGUGUUUCACCGAAAUCUUUAUGAAUUAAUUGUAUUUGACUCUUAAUUCUGUAUUUUAACAUACAUAACAAAAAAUAUUAGGAACAAAACUUUUCAGCUGAUAAAAAUUUACAAGUCUAAAAUUUGUUUGUUAUUUUUGAGAUUCCAAUUCUCGAAAAGUUGUGUUAUACCUUCUUUUAUAACCUAUAACAAUGGCAAAUGUCCGAAAUCCUGUUAUCCUUUGAAGUCUAUAAUGCAAUGAACGUGUGUUAUAGUUAGUUACACAGGGCUGAUGAACAUAUCUAUAUGUACAUUGUUUCUAUUAAUAGUGAGAAUAAGCUAUGUAUUGAUAAAUUAGUAUUGUAUUAUAUAAACAUCAACAUUUUAACUAAUAACACCCAAUAUAACUUGAAAUGGCAACUUAAUAAUAUUUCACCCUACUUUUAUAUUUCCUGAUUGGUGUUUAUAUCUUAUCCUAUAUAAUAUGCCAAAAUAGUUAUCAAACAAAUUAUAAGCUUUGUCAAUAAAACUAUUUUUCGUA